CUACCGCUGCCCCAUGUGCAGGGCUGCCCAGCCCCAUACCUGGGGGUUUGGAGGGCCACAGUCCCCAGGUGCAGUUGUGGUUGUAGUCACGGUGUCCCAGCAGCAUGCGUGUGGGAACGGUGACCCUCUGGUGGCAUUGAGCACCAAUCCCUGCAGCCCCACAGUAUAUUUAGAAAAGUGCCCAGACCAAAAAUAGAGGGGAAAAUUUUCCCCCAGUGGCUGCUUCAUCUGCCAAUCAUGGGAAAAAAAGCCAAUGGAGCCUGCAGCUGCAUCACGACCCGCUCACCCUCUGCCCACCAUCGGGUGGAUGGACAGACAGACGGAGCUGGGUAGACCUGCCCGCACUGUGAUCGCUGGGGAAGCGGCCUCGGAGCAUCCCACAGCACUCUGGUGACAGCGUGGGAGCACCCACACACCCACAACGGUGAGGGGUCCCCGUGCAGCGGUGUCCCCGUGGCAGCCAUGCCCACCCCACUGCUGGGGCUGCUCCUGCUGGAAGCUCCCCACACCGGGUUUGGGGGUUUGUGUGCACGAAGUGGGGGCAGCCCAGUGCAGGUCCCUGCAUGCUCAUCCCGGGGAUGGGGCUGUGGUCGGGCACGUGUCCGUGUGUCUGGAACGUGGCUGUCUUGCAGCGCCAUGGGGGACUGGAGCCUGCUGGGGCGGCUGCUGGAGAACGCCCAGGAGCACUCCACGGUGGUGGGGAAGGUUUGGCUCACCGUCCUCUUCGUUUUCCGCAUCCUGGUGCUGGGGGCAGCUGCGGAACGGGUGUGGGGUGAUGAGCUGGCCGGCUUCUCCUGCGACACGCAGCAGCCCGGCUGCCAGAACGCCUGCUAUGACAGCACCUUCCCCAUCUCCCACCUGCGCUUCUGGGUCCUGCAGAUCAUCUUCGUCUCCACCCCCAGCCUGGUGUACCUGGGCCACAUCCUGCACCUGGUGCACCUGGAGGAGAAGGCGCAGCAGCAGGCGGCAGCGCGGGGUGGCAGCAGGGCCCGGCGGCAGCAGGGAAAGGCCCGGAUCCCAGCACGGGACACUCAGGGCCGGGUCCACAUGCGUGGGGCCAUCCUGAGGACGUAUGUCUGCAGCGUUGUCUUCAAGGCUCUCUUCGAGAUGGGCUUCAUAGCAGGGCAGUAUGCCUUGUAUGGGCUUGAGCUGAAGCCCCUCUACACCUGCAGCCGCUGGCCCUGCCCCAACACCGUCAACUGCUACAUCUCCCGGCCCACCGAGAAGACCAUCUUCAUCCUCUUCAUGCUGGGGGUGGCCUGCGUGUCUCUGCUGCUCAACCUGGUGGAGAUCUACCACCUGGGCCUCACCAAGUGCCGGCAGCGGCCAGGUCCCAGAUCCCGCAUCCUGCCUGGCCCUGGUGGCCUUGCGGGGUCCCACAGUGCCCGCUUCACCUUGCCUGGCGGUGGCAACCCCAUGGAUGCCAGCGGCCCACACCUGGCACCUCUGGGGAAGGCUGGUGCGUGGCUGGGGGUGGCCAGUGGGUCCCGAGGGAAGGUGCGAGCAGCGGACCUGGCAGUGUGAAUGCAGCUGGUGCCUGCCAGGAUGCUCGGGGAUGGAUGAUGCGUGGGCUGCCAUGCUGUGCUGUGGUGGCCACAGUUGUGGCUCCCAUCUCCAGGACCUGCCAGGCUCGUGACACAGACCCCAUGGCCAGCAUGAGAGCUGAGCAUGGCCUGGGAGCAGCGGGACCAAGCCAGCGUGAAGGCAAACCCCACUACCCCAACCAUCAGCCCUGAGAAGCAAAUAAACACCCACUGCACCUCA